UAUGUAAUGUUUAUUUUGUUUUUGCUUUCGUAAGCAGCAGCUGUUUGUCUUCCUUGCUUUUCUCCACAAAGCACGGAAGGACUUUUGGUCACGAGUAAGCCACUCCUAAUCGUAGUUUGUUUAUUCAUCUUUGCAUUGCUUUGAGGCGUUUAAGAGUUCCUUGGUCUAGUAAUCAUUUGGUUAUCGAGGAGGAGGAUCGAAAGUUGACCCCGGCUCCUCCUCGCUGUAUGAUGGAGCACUGAAUGAAGUAGCGCUUUACCUUUUCAUUUUUUUUUUUUUUUUUUUAAUUUUUUUAUUUAAGGGUUUCAUCAAAAGUUACUUCGGAUUAGUUCAGCGUGUUGGGUAUCCACUUUGUCAUAAUCUUUCACGCUGAAUUAAUUAUAUCGCUUAAUGCAGCAGAUUUCGUGAACGCUUAGCAAGUUGGGCUGGGCGGUUUUUUGUUGUUGUUGUAACUAUUGUGCAUGUGUAAAUACGACAAGGACAGGUCUCUAAAUUGCAAAUAAAGACUCUUUAAUCAGCAGUCCGGGUCAUCAUGGAGCCGUGUGUCCCAGUCGAUAGCGAGAGGACCCUGUCAGUCUGCCGGCGCCUGUGUUACGCCGUCGGGCAUUUCCUCAAUGACUUGUGCGCCUCGAUGUGGUUCAGCUAUCUGCUGGUCUACCUGCACUCGGUCCUGGGCCUCCGGAGCACCUUUGCGGGCGUGCUGCUGCUCAUCGGCCAGCUCGCAGACGGAGUGUGCACUCCUCUCAUUGGGUACGAAUCCGACAGAUCUCCCGGCAGGAGGUACGGCAAGAGAAAAAGCUGGCAUUUGUUGGGAACCAUCUGUGUUAUCGCAUCUUUCCCCUUCAUUUUCAACCCCUGCCUGGCCUGCUCGGCAAGCACUCCCCAAUGGGCCAAGAUCAUCUACUUCGCCCCCUUCAUCAUCAUCUUCCAGUUUGGAUGGGCGGCAACUCAGAUCUCACACCUCUCCCUCAUUCCAGAGCUGGUGUCCAGUGAGAGCGGCAAGGUGGAGCUCACCGCGUACAGGUAUGCCUUCACUGUGGUGGCCAACAUCACAGUGUAUGCUGUGGCCUGGGUGCUUUUUCACUUCCUGUCUCAAGAGGACAUCACAGACAACCUGGGCCAGGCAGACAUUCCUCUGUUUAGGAUGCUGGCUCUCAUUGUACUGGGGGUUGGAGCAGUGUUCUCGCUCAUAUUCCACAUUGGCACAAAGGAGAAGUCAGGAGAGGAUCUGCUGCGCAGACCUUCGUCUGAUCAGGAAGCACUGUCGGUUCGAGUGUUGCAGUGGAAACACUGGCUUAAAGAGCCUUCUUUUUACCAGGUGGCCUUCGUCUACAUGUGCACUAGACUGAUAGUUAACCUAUCCCAGUCGUACAUCACUGUUUACAUCACCAACUCACUGUUGCUACCAAAGAACUUCAUUGCCAUCAUACCGCUUGUGAUGUAUGUCAGUGGUUUCGUUAGCUCGCUGGUCAUGAAGCCAAUCAGCAAGCUUGUAGGCAUCAGUAUGAUGUAUUUUGUCGGUCUGCUAUUGGUGAUCGGCUUUGCCAUCUGGGUGAUUUUUGACAAGAACAUGGGAGCUGAAAGUAUCUAUGGUGCGGCUGUGCUUCUGGGAGCUGGCUCAGCUAUCAUCCUGGUCAUGUCUCUCUCUAUGACCGCCAAACUCAUCGGCGAGCAAACACAAAGUGGGGCUUUUGUUUAUGGUUCAAUGAGCUUCACAGACAAGGUGGCCAAUGGCGUGGGUGUCAUUAUUAUCCAGAGCAUCAGACCGUGCAGCACAGAGACAUGCUGCCCAGCAUGUAUUUGGUUUUAUCGUGACGUCAUGGCAACAGUAACAGGAGGCGUGGCGUUGGCAGCAGUGGUUGGCCUGUUAACAAUUCUCAUCUGGCCACUCAAGACUAGAAAAAAUGAAUGAAGGAUUAUUAGCAUCAUUCCUAAAUUGUGCAUUGAGAUUGUGAAAAGGAAACAAAAUCCCAUUGAUGUUCAAUACUUUCACUGUAUGCGUGACAUCAUUAUGAAUGUCUUUUCAUACUUAAUGAUAUUUGUGCACAAUUCACUUUGUUUUGUUUAAAAAAAAAAAAAGAAAAUCUAUUUUUAAUACAUUAGGUCAAACCCCAAUGUAAUGGAUAGAUAUCAAACCUCAUUCUUUUUAUGUUAUGUUAUUUACUCACCAAUUUACUAAUGGCGACACUGUAACAUUAUAGAACUUAAUCCGUUAAGGACACAACACUAAAUACGUUGUCGUAAAGUACAGGAUGUUUUUUUUUUUUGCAUUACAUUUUUUAUGUUGCAGUGCAUUUUUCUUUCAUUAUAUUUAAUUAGCAUUUUUCCUGGUUGGCUGGAAGAAAGCACACGAUUCUAUUGCCUAAUGAGGUGUGUGUCAUCGAUUUUAAAUUAAGUCAAAUGAUGGUCCCUUGAUAAGGUCAACACAGAAACCAAAUGAAUAAGCCAAAAAUAAUUAAAAAAAAAAGGAAGUACAAUA